AUGGCAGCUGCACAGCCGGGCCUUCCCGCGGGGGCGGCCGUGGUCCGGCGCUUGGCCCGGGGCUGCUGGUCUGCGUUCUGGGACUAUGAGACGCCCAAGGUGAUCGUGGUGCGGAACCGGCGCCUGGGGUUCGUGCACCGCAUGGUGCAGCUGCUCAUCCUGCUUUACUUCGUGUGGGUUGCCUCCGGAGCCGGCACCGCCCUGUUCCCCAGGUACGUGUUCAUUGUGCAGAAAAGCUACCAGGACAGCGAGACAGGUCCGGAGAGCUCCAUCAUCACCAAAGUCAAGGGGAUCACCAUAUCGGAGCACAAAGUGUGGGACGUUGAGGAAUAUGUAAAGCCCCCGGAGGGGGGCAGUGUGGUCAGCAUCAUCACCAGGAUGGAAGUCACCCCUUCCCAGACCCUGGGAACAUGCCCAGAGAGCAUUAGGGUUCACAGUUCCACCUGCCAUUCAGAUGAUGACUGCAUCGCCGGGCAGCUGGACAUGCAAGGCAAUGGGAUUCGGACAGGGCACUGUGUACCCUAUUACCACGGGGACUCCAAGACCUGUGAGGUGUCAGCUUGGUGCCCGGUGGAGGAUGGAACUACUGAAAACCAGUUUCUAGGUAAAAUGGCACCAAAUUUCACCAUCCUCAUCAAGAACAACAUCCACUAUCCCAAAUUCAAGUUCUCUAAGGGCAACAUUGCAAGCCAGAAGAACCUGAAGCAUUGCACGUUUGAUCAGGACUCUGAUCCGUACUGUCCCAUCUUCAAGUUAGGCUUCAUUGUAGAGCAGGCAGGGGAGAACUUCACUGAACUGGCACACAAGGGUGGUGUCAUUGGAGUCAUCAUUAACUGGGACUGUGACCUGGACUUGUCUGAAUCAGAGUGCAACCCCAAAUACUCUUUUCGGAGGCUUGACCCCAAGUAUGACCCUGCCUCCUCAGGCUACAACUUCAGGUUUGCCAAGUAUUACAAGAUAAAUAGCACCACCACCACUCGAACUCUCAUCAAAGCCUAUGGGAUUCGAAUUGAUGUUAUCGUGCAUGGGCAGGCAGGGAAAUUCAGUCUCAUUCCUACUAUCAUCAAUCUGGCCACUGCUCUGACCUCCAUCGGGGUGGGCUCCUUUCUGUGUGACUGGAUUUUGCUAACAUUCAUGAACAAAAACAAGCUCUAUAGCCAUAAGAAGUUCGACAAGGUGCGUACUCCAAGUCACUACCCCCAGGGUCAGCCACCCAACCCUCCAUCAGGUAGAGGGCCAACUUUGGGAGAACUGGCAGAGCUACCAUUGGCUGUCCAGCCUCCUCGGCCUUGUUCCAUCUCUGCUCUGACUGAGCAGGUGGUGGACACUCUUGACCUGCACGUGGGACAAAGGCUUCCUGUCCCCGAGCCUUCCCAACAGGACUCCACAUUCACGGACCCCAAAGGUUUGGCUCAACUCUGA